AUGUCCGCCGUUGCCGUCGCCAUCGAGGAUCGCGCAUGGCUGCUCCGACUGAGAUGCCACAUGCUGGUGCCCCUCUUUGGCGCGGACGACGAUCAGGCUGCGGGGGUCGACUCACAGAUGUCGGCGGACUCCGUGGAGAUCACGGGCGAGAUCAUGGUCCAGCAGGGUGGGGUUUGGCGAGUGGCCACCGACGCAGAGAGGGAACAGAUCCAGGGAAGGGACGAGCUCGACAAGGACAUGGAAGAACAACAGGCGAGGGAAGAUGAGGAAAGGUGGAGGGAGUUCCAGGAGCAUAGGAAGAGCCAGGCGGCACAAGCGUGGGACAGACAAGCUCUCCAGGAAGCGAUGCAAAUGGAUCCCCCAGGCAAACGAAUGAGGCUGCACUUUAGGCUCCGUGACCGUGAUGGACACCUGGUUGCUGAGGGUAGCUCGGAUGUCGCGGUGGAAACUGUGGAUGGGCUGAGAGACACGGAGGAACCCAAUGUAGGGACGGCCGAGUUCGACCAGCUCGUGGUGGAUUCGUCGCAGCAGUUGCCGGAGGCUACCUCUGAACCUGCGCCACCGCAAUUGGAGGGGCACGAAAACUCCGUGGUGGCAGCAUACUUGGCGAUGUAUUUGGAUGGUAGCCUCCCUGACGAAACCAUAGAAGAUCGCUGUGGGCUGGCGGCUCUACAGAUCUUCAGAGCCAGGCGCUUUGCUGAUCGUCGACUGGUUGAUGAUCCUACGGCAUGGCAUGUCUACCGAAAGUGGGCAAAGGGCGAAGUGACGGAUGAGGACAUCACGCAGGAGCACGGGCUGGACUUCCUCGUCGCCUUGCGCAACGAGCUUGAGCUUCAGGGUGGUACCACGCCGGAAGGGCAACAUGCUGCUGAUGAACAUGAUGGUGGCCUAGGCGAAGAGGUGGACAACAACUUGGCCGCGGCGGUGCUGGACAGUGCAGAUCGAAGCGCAUCUCGACUCUUCGACUCCAGAGAGGGCCCCGUGGAGACUGUUGGAAACUCGUCUGAUGGCCUGGUGGUAGCUCCUGUGGCUGUGGCUUCCACUGAUGCUGGCGUUGACACCGCCAUUGACACUGUAGAGCAGAGUGCUGCUGUUGGCAAUGUUCCUCCUCCGGGGAGUUCGAUGGUCCUUGGCUUCCUGGGAGAGCUGAGUGAUGUCUCUGGCGUGCCUGGUGGCGGCGAGUUGCACAACGUGACGGGCAUCCAUGGUGGCGGCAGCACUGAGCACAAGU